GUGCGCGCGAAACGGCGUCCGCGCGUGGUGGUGCGGCUCCGUGUUAUACGCAUCGAACGUGUACGCUCGGUAAAUCCUUGAGAGAACAGCUGAUUACGCGGUUCCGACGUAAGCCCGUUCGCGAUUUACACGCGCCUUACACACACCGUACGUACCGUUUUUUUACAAGCUCCGAUAAUAAUUAACAUAGGCGUACAUGUCUGUGCGUGCGUACACUUUUCCAUCCAUCACUGACUACUAUCUGAUCCCCACUCGUCCUCUCUCACUCGCCCUUUCCCGUUCUCUCCUCUAUUAACAACACACCUAUAGCGUUCGCGUUUACGUACCGCUUGGUAUAGGUCCGCGCGCAGUGCGUAUAAUUCGUACCUGUUGAAAACGGUUUUUUAAUAUUCCGUUUCUCCCUCUCGCGCUGCUCUUCCGAUACGCUCGCGCACAUACGGCGGACGCGCGUAGGUAAUAAUUAUUUAUUAUAUUAUUAUUUUAUUUUUUCUCGCAAGCAGCACGGAAACGUGAUGGAAUAAACACAAAAGUUAUUUAUACACACACACACACACACACACACACACACACACACACACGCACACGCACGCACACACAUACGCGCGCACGCGCGAAUAUACAUGCGUGUGCAAAGAUACGGUGCCGCACCUCCUUGUCGUUCGCUUGCACCACCGCCGUCUCCAAGGUUCUCCUGGUCGUCCUGAAAUCUCCGACCGAACGCCGUUUUCGUUCAUUCGCCGCCGACUAAUUACACCGAAAUUAGAAAAAUGAACCCCGACGAUUCCACAUCUGAAAUAUCGCCUCUCAAGUCUUCACAUCCAGAUCAAGGACAUAAAACAAUGAAUACCGCUGCCAGAAGACAAAGCAAAGAGAAAAAAGCAGAAUCAUGUUUUUCUCAUAAUUUGCUUACUAUAUUGACAAUAGCUUCAGUAUUUGGUGGUGUAAUUUUAGGAUUUAUCCUGAAAGGAGCUAAAGACGAAUGGACAAAACGCGAAAUUACAUAUGUACAAUUCCCUGGCGAUAUUUUCCUCCGUAUGUUGAAAAUGUUGAUUGUCCCAUUAUUAGUAUCAUCAAUUGUAUCUGCCAUCGGAUCGCUGGAUUUGUCUUUGUCCAAAAAAAUUGGAUUCCAAUCAAUUGCUUAUUAUGCAGCAACUACAUCAAUGGCAGUUUUGCAGGGCAUAUUUUGGGUGAUGUUAAUUCAUCCAGGAAAAAUGAUGGACAAAGAAGAUCCAAAAAUGCAUGAGCACCAAGAAACUAGACCAAUAACUACCACUGACACUAUAUUAGACUUAAUAAGAAAUAUAUUUCCGGCCAAUCUUAUUGAAGCAUGUAUAUCGACAUACCGAACAGUACUUAUCAAACCUGCUUCAUUUAAAGCCACAGCAGGAAAUGUUACUGAUUAUUCACUAUGGGAAAUGAAAUCGGAAAUGGUUGAAGGCUCAAACGUUCUUGGAUUAGUUGCAUUCUCUGUUGCUUUUGGAAUAUGCAUUGGAAAAUUAGGACCUGUUGGAAAGCCAUUACUUAACUUUUUCGAUAGUUUAGGCGAAGCUGUAAUGUUAAUGACUAAUUGGGUUAUAUGGUUAUCCCCAAUGGGUGUACUAUUUUUAGUUGCAUCUAAAGUAUUGGAAUUGGACGACUUUGGGGCGAUUGUUGGCAGAUUAGGAAUGUAUUUCUUGACAGUAGUAUUUGGAUUAUUUGUACAUGGAUUUGUUCUGUUACCACUUAUGUACAGUGUAUUCACUCGUCAACUUCCGUUCAAAUUUACCUUAAAUAUGGGCCAAGCUAUAAUAACUGCAUUCGGAACAGCUUCCAGUUCUGCAUCUUUGCCAAUUUCGAUGGCCUGUCUUGAAGAAAACAAUAAAAUUGAUGUUCGAGUUUCACGGUUUGUGAUGCCUAUUGGAGCAACAAUCAAUAUGGACGGAACAGCUUUGUACGAAGCAGUGGCAGCAAUUUUCAUUGCUCAAUUAAAGGGCAUACAAUUAAGUUUCGGUCAAAUCGCUGCUGUAAGUGUGACCGCGACAAUGGCGUCAAUCGGAGCAGCUGGAAUACCUCAAGCAGGAUUAGUUACAAUGGUCAUGGUUUUGGACACCUUAGGACUACCAGCUGAUGACGUAUCUCUAAUCAUUGCUGUUGAUUGGUUACUUGACCGAUUCCGAACAACUGUAAAUGUACUUGGAGAUGCAUAUGGUGCUGGUAUUGUUGCAAAAUUGGCAGAAAACGAUUUGGAGUUUAUGUCCAACGGCCCAGUGGAAGGUGGAAAAGUGCCUGACGAUGAAUGGCACACAACAUCAAUGUAGACACAAUCAACUUUUUAUUCGAUUCGUGACUACAUAUUUUUCUAAAUUUCGUUCUACUUUAGAACAUUUAAACUUAAUCUUAAUAAGGAGGCGUACCACCAUUUUUAUUAUCAACCAGAUACAAAUUAUUGUUUUGUUUAUUGUUUUUAACGAAAUAAAAUCAAAUUAGUUA